AUGGGGCUUCAGAGCAAGAAACUCUCUGGCGUUCACGCGGAUAAUGAUGAUUCCAAUAACAAUUAUUAUGAAUACGACAUGAGUGAUGGUGAAGGCAGCGCAGGGUCACAUGGUCUAAAUGACUUGGAUGACUCUCUCUACUUUGAUCAAGCUGACGUUGAAGCUGCGAAGGAGAAGGCGCGUAAGAACGCAAGGGCACAGAUUCGAGCACAAAAAAAGGAACCCAAACAUGGGGGAGGACUGGAAGCCUUGUUUUCACAGCCUCCUCCCCCUCGAGUCAAGUCCAUUGGAAUACACGGGGAAGGAGGAGGCUUACCCGCACCUCGACAUAAACCUGCUCCACCUUUGCGUACCAGAAGUGGUGGAAUCAUGAAACUGAAUCGAAAGAUAUCCAGAACUGUGACAGAUGCGGCCCGAACCGUGGUGGAUGCUACAUCUACAGUUGCCGAAGUAGCGACAUCAGUUGCUAGAGGCCGAGAGGAUGGUGCUAGUAGUGAGAGACCAACGAGAAGUAAUAGUUUGGGUGCCUUGUCACGGAAAUUUUCGUCUCGAGUAGAUCGGGGACGGGAACGAAAAGCCAAACAGGAAGCAGAUGGUGACAGCUUGGGAGGUGGUAUGAUGAAUUUGAACUUGGGUGACGACAAAAUUCGAACUUCGUCAAUCGGUGCUUUAUCUAAGAGAGCAAGGAGGAGCCGUUUCAAGUCAGUGGAUGAUGCGGAAGAUUUGCUCAGUGAACACGGAGAGAUGGAGCUGAACGAGAAAUCGCCGCUCAACUCACCAACUCGGGAGAGACGUGCGGGGUCGGUUGGUCCCGUAUCAACAAAGGCCAGAAGAGAAAGAUGGAAGUCUGUUGAUGACGCGGAAGACUUGUUGGACGCAGAAGGAGAAUUUGAAAUGAAGUUGGAUGAUUCACCAAAGACUACGCCAAAGCAGAAAAAGAAGAAACGAUCCAAUUCUGUAGGUGCUGUUGACACCAAGAGUAGAAGAGAACGUAAAAAAUCGGUCGAUUCAGAAGAUCUGGAGUCAAGAAGCAAAUCUAGGGAAGGUCGCAAAAAAGGGAAGACACGAAAGGCAAAGAAGAGGAGCGAGUCCAGAAGUUCAGACACCUCCGACGAUGACAGCAGUGCAGAAAAGAGAAAGCCACGAAAGGGAAAGAAGAGGAGCGAGUCAAGAAGCUCCGACUCCUCCGACGAUGAAAGUGUGGUACCAUUAAGACGAAAGGCAUCAAAGGAUAACCUCCGCAAGAAGCCUAGUAAAACCAAGAAAUCCAGUCGAAAACUUAGUGCUGACGACGACCCUUCAGAACAAGAGGCGAGAGAAAUCCAAGCAGCAGGAGGUCUCGACUUGGGUGGAGGUCAAGUAAGAGGUGCUGGCCGUCGCAUGGGACGCCGGUCAUCAUUAGGUGGACCUGUGGCACUGAAGCAACAGGAGGAGGUCGAUGCUAUCCUGAGGCGCACUCAGCAGGCGGAUCAACAAUGGGAUGCAUCCAAAACAGACAGUAGUGUCAUUGAGCGUCGGGUGAGACGACGGGCAUCCAUGGGGGCAGACGAAGCUGUGAUGGCUCUUGGUGCCAGACGUAUGGCGGCCAGAAAGAAGUCAAUGGAUCCAUGA